AAGAGGAAGCGCGAGGGCCGGCCUGCUCCCCCCACGUGUCGGCGGAGUUUCUUCAGCAGCAACAUGGCCGCUGCCUGAUAGGAGAUCCGGCCGCCGCCGUCUCUGCAGCCCGUGGGUUCCUGGGCCGUUGCCGCCGCCCGCGCGCGGCCCCAGCAGAGAGGUCAAGUUGAGGACUGUGUGGCUGGUUUUCCCUAGUAUGGCCAAUGAAGAAGAUGACCCAGUUGUACAGGAGAUUGACGUGUACUUGGCCAAAAGUCUGGCGGAGAAGCUGUACCUGUUUCAGUACCCUGUGCGUCCAGCCUCGAUGACCUACGAUGACAUUCCACAUCUCUCAGCCAAGAUCAAGCCCAAGCAGCAGAAGGUAGAGCUUGAGAUGGCCAUUGACACCCUGAAUCCCAACUACUGCCGCAGCAAAGGGGAGCAGAUCGCAUUGAAUGUGGACGGUGCCUGUGCGGACGAGACCAGCACAUACUCCUCGAAGCUGAUGGACAAGCAGACCUUCUGCUCCUCCCAGACCACCAGUAACACAUCCCGUUAUGCAGCUGCACUCUACAGGCAAGGUGAGCUCCACCUGACACCUUUACAUGGCAUCCUACAACUGCGGCCCAGCUUCUCCUACCUGGAUAAGGCAGAUGCCAAGCACCGAGAGAGGGAGGCAGCCAAUGAGGCUGGGGACUCUUCGCAGGACGAGGCAGAAGAAGAUGUUAAGCAGAUCACGGUGCGGUUCUCACGGCCAGAGUCUGAGCAGGCCCGCCAGCGCCGUGUACAGUCCUAUGAGUUCUUGCAGAAGAAGCAUGCGGAGGAGCCCUGGGUCCACCUGCACUACUGUGGCAUGAGGGACAGUCGCUCAGAGCAUGAGCGCCAGUACCUGCUGUGCCAGGGCUCCAGCGGGGUAGAGAACACAGAACUGGUCAAGUCACCCAGUGAAUACCUCGUGAUGCUUAUGCCGCCCAGCCCGGAGGAGGAGAAAGACAAGCCUGUGGCUCCCAGCAAUGUUCUUUCCAUGGCCCAGCUACGAACAUUGCCGCUGGCUGACCAGAUUAAGGUCCUGAUGAAGAACGUGAAGGUCAUGCCUUUUGCCAAUCUGAUGAGCCUCCUAGGCCCCUCUGUGGACUCUGUGGCUGUUCUGCGUGGCAUCCAGAAGGUGGCAAUGUUAGUUCAAGGAAACUGGGUGGUAAAAAGUGACAUCUUAUAUCCCAAGGAUUCAUCCAGCCCUCACAGUGGCAUGCCUGCUGAGGUGCUCUGCAGGGGCCGAGACUUUGUUAUGUGGAAGUUCACACAGAGCCGAUGGGUGGUAAGGAAGGAAGUGGCAGCAGUGACCAAACUCUGUGCUGAGGACGUAAAGGACUUUCUGGAGCACAUGGCAGUAGUGAGGAUCAACAAAGGCUGGGAGUUCAUACUGCCUUACGACCGGGAGUUCAUCAGGAAGCAUCCAGAUGUGGUCCAGCGGCAGCACAUGCUGUGGUCAGGCAUCCAGGCCAAAUUAGAAAAGGUGUACAAUCUUGUAAAAGAAACCAUGCCAAAGAAGCCAGAUGGACAAUCAGGGCCUGCUGUUCUGGUCUCUGGAGACCAGCGAAUCCAGACAGCCAAAACAAAGGCUCAGCAGAACCAUGCCUUCCUGGAGCGUGAGUUACAGCAACGGAAGGAGCAGAUGCGAGCGACCACAGUCCUGCCCAGUGUGCAGAUCAAGGAGGAGCCCCUGAGCGAGGAGGAUGGGAAUGGGGAUGAUCUAGAGGCCGAGGAGGAGGAGGAGGAGGAGGAGGAGGAGCCUAUGGACACUGCACCCAGUGGUGGCCUCAGCACCAAGUUGGCCAAUGGGUUGCCUGCUGGGCGGGCAGUAGCUGGGGACAGCCUCAAUGGGCACCCACCCCCGGGCUGUGCCAGUAACCCGGUGGCCCGGGAACUGAAGGCUUUUGUACAGGCCACCUUUCAGAGACAGUUUGUGCUCACGCUCAGUGAACUCAAGCGCCUCUUUAACUUGCACCUAGCUGGUCUGCCCCCAGGCCACACGCUCUUCAGCGGCAUCUCAGACCGCAUGCUGCAGGACACGGUGCUGGCCGCUGGCUGCAAGCAGAUACUGGUGCCUUUUCCCCCACAGACUGCUGCUUCCCCUGAUGAGCAGAAGGUGUUUGCCCUCUGGGAGUCUGGAGACAUGAGUGACCAGCAUCGACAAGUUUUGCUUGAAAUAUUUUCAAAAAAUUACCGAGUACGCAGGAACAUGAUCCAGUCUCGGUUGACUCAAGAGUGUGGAGAAGAUCUAAGCAAACAGGAGGUGGACAAAGUGCUAAAGGACUGUUGUGUAAGCUAUGGUGGCAUGUGGUACCUUAAGGGGACAGUACAAUCUUGACAAUAGUAGCAAACUAUUAACUCAGCAAAUCCAAGCCCAGGGAAGGAUGGCAGAGCCAGAAGUAGAGUCUCGACUUGCUUCAGAAGACAGAGACGCCUCGUGGCCUGCGGCACUGCCUGGCCCAGAGGACCAGAGGGGCUUACACUCGGCCAGUGCCAGAGUCAGCGUAAGUGAGAUCGCUCCCAGCAGAGACCAGCCGGGCCUUCUUUGCAGUACAAUUUGAAAUUCCUGAUGUAUUUUGCUUAUUUGGUUUCAUUCUCAUAAUAAAGAGAGUGUACACUGACAUGGGCAGGAUUAUGAAAAUCAUGGUUUAAUACUUUCCUUUUUUAAAUGAAUGCCAACAAAGUCAAAGUUAUGUUUACAAGAUGAAGAGAAACUUAAGGUUUUUAAUAUUUAAAAUGCCUAGAAGCCAAUACAUAGUCUUAGAUUUUUUUCUCUGCUAAGACUUCUGUCAAUUUUAUUAAACCAAAUUGAAUUGUCUUACUGUUGGGUGUCUGAGGCCACUUUACCUUUUACAACAGCCUACUUUAUGUAGCAGUCUCAACUGUUUACAUGAACCAUAGCAAAAAAUUAGAAUGAAAUCCAUCUUCUCUUAAUGUUUGCAUAAAUAUGCAAACUAAACCAGGUAAGUGUGGAACAGUGUAAGCAAGGUUAUCACACUUUCAUGUAAAAAAAUUUUAUAUUUUGUGUAUUUUUAAAUAAAUGCUAACACUAAA